AUGAUUGCACUCAAGACACAGCCUGAUGGAUCCCCUCUGGACCGCAGGCAGGCCAUAACAGACACCCCUGGUGCGCGAGUCGUGCCCAAGCCCGUGCCAGAAGCUCAGGUUCAGGACCCGCGCGGCUAUCACAUCGAACAGCUUAAGAGGAGAUUCUCGCCCAAGGAGUCCACAACUGCGGCGGGAGAGACUUCGCUGGUAUUCAAGCUGAAGCCUUCGGAUCCAGAUUUUCCCUUUGAGUUACCCUACUUGGAUUGCGAUGUCCGCGUCCCUGAAGAUUAUCCGGAAGAGAGGCCGGUGCUCUUAGUCAGGAAUAAGGAUAUCCCUAAGGGGUUCAGCAUCAAUGUUGAGAGGGGCUGGGAUAAGCUCGCCGAGGAGAAGAAGGGUUCGACUCUACUAGCACUGGUCUAUGCCUUGGACAGGAAUCUGGAACGAUUCUUGUCGGAGCAGAAAGUUGAAACGAUAAAACUAGUAUCGUUCAAAGACACGAGGCAUCUCGAUCAAGCAGCAGAACAGAAACAGUCGGCUGCUAUCGAGCCUCCUACAGUGGAAAAGCAGGCCAGCCCUCCUCCAAGACGAUAUAUCCCGGAACCAUCAUACACCAGAGAGCAGAUCGCCGAGGCAAAGGCAAGGCGAGCUCAGGAGAUCCGACAACUCGAGGCGAGAAUGGGAAGGAUGGCUCAGUUCCGCCGUUCUGCUGAUGGUGUCAUUUUCACGCUACCAAUUGAGCCAAAACGUCGUGGAGAGCUCCCUUCUGGUUUGCACUCGGUGAACAGCAUUCAUCUCAUCAUUCCGCUCUUAUAUCCGCUACAGCAGCUGCGCGUGCAGCUAAAUGAAGCGAACGCUGAAGAUGCAGAACCCAUAGAGGACCUCUUUGCAGAAAAGGUUGCGGAUCAGAAGCACAUGACGCUCAUGAGCCAUGUCAAUUAUUUGGCCCAGAACCUCCAUAAUCUUGCAAAGCAGGCGCAUGAACUGGCAUCAAAGGCUGAGAAGGAGCAGGCGGCCGCCGCAGCCGCAGCUGCAGCAGUCGCAAUACAAGAGCAGCAGUCGCAGCCACAAAAUAAUGGAGGAAAAGGUCACCUUCAGGUCAUUCCUCGGCCCCCUGAGUGGAGCGUUGGCCAUGGGGAAGACGAAUCAGAAGAAGAUAGCUACGACGACUCGGAUGAUGCCGAAGACGGCGGGGCUAUAUUGGGAAAUGAAAGUGAUGCGGCAGCACCACCACCCAGUGACGCGGUUGAACACGGCACCAUGAUCUCAUUUCCAAACAUUGAACUUCACAGCGUUGAAAUUUUGCAGAUAUCAAUCCUGAGUCUGAGUGUCAAGUGUGAAAGAUGCAAGACGCUGAAUGACAUGACAGGGCUCAAGCCAGGAGUCGAAAAGGCGUCAAGUUGCAAGAAGUGUGCGACGCCUCUCGCUGCCAAGUUUAACCAGCAGCUUGUUCAUGAGAAUUCGGCAAGGGCUGGAUUCAUUGAUCUCUCGGGAUGCAAGGUGGCAGACAUGCUGCCGAGCACAUUUGUGCCUACCUGCGCCAAGUGCUCGACUCCCAGCCAAGGGCUCGUUUCUGUAAGAGGCGAGACUACGACCAAUGUCUGCCGCGACUGCCACAGCAAGUUUACCUUCAAAAUCCCCGAGAUCAAGUUCCUCUUUGUCUCUCCAGGGUCGCUUCCUCCACCCUCUUCAUCUGGCCUUCGGCGGAAGCAAGAGAAGCUUGGAUUACAUGCUGGCGACCAGCUCCCUGAUAGGGGUACCUGUUCCCACUACCGCAAGUCCUACCGCUGGUUCCGCUUCUCAUGCUGCAAUCGCGUGCACAAGUGCGACAAGUGCCACGACCAGGCUGAGGAUCACAUCAACGAAUGGGCAAAUAGAAUGAUUUGCGGUUUCUGCAGCCGUGAGCAAAACUACGCCGUAGAAGCGUGUCGAUUCUGUGGUCGUAGCGUGAUUGGCAGGCGAGGUAAGGGAUUCUGGGAGGGCGGCAAAGGAAACAGAGACAAGACGACGAUGAGAAAGAAUGACACGAGAAAGUACAAGAGGAUU